GCUACGGAUCGACUCCUCUGCGUGUGGGUGCAUCCUCUUCCACUUCUACAUCUUCACAGCUCCCCAGCUCGGGACUACCAGUGCGGGGUGGGAUCCUGAAGCUCGCUUGGCUCGAGCGCUGAGGGCUGGUGUCUUGGCUAGGCACUGGCUGGACAAUCGGCCACUGACGGCCGCCAACAUUGGGGGACCUACUUUGCCCUCCAAGUUCUUCAUUGUGCUCAAG